UCACUCAUAUGUCAGUGGGAAACUGAUUAAAAAUGCCAAUAAAUUCUUAUGAUCGAGCCAUCUUAUUUACUUUCUUAGUCCAGCAAAGAGGUUUCGACUCAAAACCACAUCGGUCAACAUGAAGUUCUUGAUUUUGUUUGCAACUGCAGUUCUCUUUGGAACUGUCCAAUGCGACACAGAGUGCUUCAGAAAGGUGUUCAAAGACUGCGCGAGAGACGCCGUUCCAAUUGAAAAGAUGACUCUCUGCGAUGAACUCUCUUUUCAGAUACAGUGUAUUGCCCGAAAUGCUUAUAAAUGCGACAUGUCAUUCAAAACAUCUGCCUUCGAACUCGAAAUAGCUGUUUUGAGAAUAUGCAGAACCGACGCCGUCAAGAAAUGGUUCGACGAAGAAAAGGAAUGCUAUAAGAAAUCUGUCAACGCCACCCAAUGUGUUGGACCAAUCAACGAAGCUAUGAGUGACCUUAAGACUCCUGAAGAUUUCAUCUUGGCGAACAAAAAGGUUUGCAAUUUGUUCAAACCUUAUUCCACCUGUGCGCGUGAGACCGUCGAAGAGAACUGCGGAAGAAUAAACAAGGUCUUGUUCGACUGGCUGUUCGUUCCCCUCCAGAGGCUGAGCAACUCUCUUUGCGACGAGCUGAUUCUCCCAGCUGAUGAGAAAGACACCCGACCUGACAACUUCGGAAACCUCAAUGUUUUUCAGAACGUGGCAGCCAUCUUUUUGGCUAAUUAAAUAAACAUGAAAAUGUAUAAAUGAAAUAAAGGCUUUGAAUAAGUA